GGAAUCCCUGUCAUUUGAGGACGUGUCUGUGGACUUCACCUGGGAGGAGUGGCAGGAGCUGGAUGCUGCCCAGAGGACCCUCUACAGGGAUGUGAUGCUAGAGAACUACAGCAGCCUGCUGUUCUUGGAUUCAAAGGGAAGCUCCAUGAUGGCAGAGGAAAACAUGGCAUGAGUAGAGGAUUGGACAUCACCUCCUGGCCAACAGCAGCAGGAGUGUUUCUGAACCCUGGCAAGGGGAAGCUGGCUAUAAUACCCAUAUGCUGCCCCCAACAAUAUACCCUUUCUAACAAGGCUCCAGUUACCAAUUGCCACCAGCAGGAGACCCCGCACUCCAAACACAUGAGUUUAUGGGAGAAACCUGACUCAAACCACCACAUUCCCACCUCAGUUCUCAUAAACUCAAGACCAUCCAUGAUGUAAAAUGCAAUACAUUCAGUACAACUUUUAAAAGUCUGCUUAGUUUUUUUUCCCAGUGCUGUUCAAACAUCCCCAUAGUCUAAUAUCUGUAAACUGUGAGCCUGUAAAACAAAACAAAAAGCUCAAUGGCACAGAAUAAACAUUCACAGUGCAAAAGCUAUCCCUGGGGCACCAUGUUGAGCUAGAAAGGUGGCAAGAAGAAGCCCCUGAAACAGCCCAAGAAGCAGACCAAGGAAAUGGAUGAGGAGGAUAAGGUUUUCAAGCAGAAACAAAAGGAGGAAUAGAAGAAACUGGAGGAGCUGAAAAUGAAGACCAUCAGGAAAGGCCCCCUGGCCACAGGAGGAAUUUAGAAAUAUGGCCAAAAGUCAGAUGUUCCACAGACCUAAGAUGAUGGAUACCGCAUGGCCAAGUCUGAGUUGCUUGUCAAGUUGGAGCAUGGAUUUGGGCCAUGGAGUAUAAAGGAAUCCUCAGUGUGGAGCCUCCCAGAUGUUCCUAAAGUUGCUGUCCCAGUUGACACCAUCCAGAAUAAUCAGAAGAGCCAUUUGUGUCAAAGUGGAAUCACCAACAGAAAGACGUUAAAUGACAAAAUGGUUGAACCUGAACUAAACUUGCACCAGAAAAUCUACCAAGAAACAAAAUGGAAUAAAGAUAAAGCAUGUAUGAAGCUGUGUUGCCUGGAGUCACAGCAGACAAGUAACAUGUGUCAUACAUGCAAAAAAUCUUCGUAUUACACUCAGUGUCAGACUCUUCUUAUAAUGGAGAGUGAUGAAUAUGAGUGUGAGGAAUGCAGAAAAAUAUUCUUGAGAUCAUGCCACACAGUUCCUUUGACUCACACAAGAGAAAAGCCAUAUGCAUGCAUGGAAUGUGGGAAGGAAUUCACACAGAAGGUGGCCCUCAUUCGUCAUCAGAGAUUUCAUACAGGUGAGAAGCCCUUUGAAUGUGCAGACUGUGGGAAAGCUUUCUACAUGAAGUCAGAACUCACUAAACAUCAGAGAAGCCACACAGGUGAGAAGCCCUAUGAAUGUGCAGAAUGUGGGAAAGCUUUCACUAGGAAGUCGAAUCUUACUAUUCAUGGGAGAAGUCAUACAGAUAAGAAGCCUUAUGAAUGUGCUGACUGUGGGAAGGGUUUUACUACAAAGUGGUACCUCAGUAAUCAUCAGAGAGUUCACACAGGUGAGAAGCCUUUUGAAUGUGCAGAAUGUAGAAAAGCUUUCUACAUGAAAUCAGAACUCAAUAAACAUCAGAGAAUCCAUACAGGUGAAAAGUCUCAUAAAUGUACAGAUUGUGGGAAAUGUUUCACUGCAAAGUGGUAUCUCAGUAAUCAUGAGAGAACUCAUACAGGUGAGAAGCCCCAUAAAUGCACAUACUGUGGGAAAGGUUUCACUUUAAAGUCCUAUCUCAGUCUUCAUCAGAGAAGACAUACAGGUGAGAAGCCUUAUAAAUGUACAGAUUGCGGGAAAGGUUUCACUACAAAGUGGUACCUCUUUGAUCAUGAGAAGAUACAUAAGGGUGAAAAAUCCUAUAAAUGUACAGGUUGUGGAAGAGGCUUCACUGUCAACAGGUACCUGAUUCGACAUCAAAGAAAAUGUAGGAAAGCUUUCAAAAGGUAACCUCACUGUUCAUGAGAAAGCUCACCCUGGUGUGAAGGCCUCUUAGUAUACAGAACAUGGAAAAGGUUUCUGUGACAAUUCAGUACAAGAUCAUCAGCAGAACUUAGAGUGAGAAGCCUUUCCCUUAUAAGGAUUACCUCGCUAUAAGAGAAAUUCAUGUAUGUGUGAAGGUCUACGUGGGAAACUGAGCAUACCUUAUCAUGAUCUCUAUGUUGAACAUUUAUGUCUAUGUAUAACCUGUAAUCAUCAGGAAUUGGUGUAACUUGCAGAAAAUUUAAAGGGUCUCAUUGGAUAAGACUGCUGCAUUGUGACCAGUGUAAUAAAUUUCCCAAUUAUGUAUUUUUCAA